AUGGAUGCCGUUACACGCCGGACAAUGUGUCUUCCGUCAUCUAUUAUCAUCAUCCGGCGGGAGCUACAUCAGUCGAGCGGCAAUCAUACCGCCCAUUGGCUAACAUUCAUGGAUGUCUUCCAUGAUCUAUCUGGCGGGAGCCAAAGCAAUCGAGAGGCAAUCAUACCGCAUGGCAUGCUAUCGUCCUCUGCAUGGCUAAACACCCUGAAGCUACGAAAGCUCUGCCAACAACUAGUUUCCCACACCGUCAGCCAAGCCACCGCCUUUUCCGUUUCCUGUAUUGGAUUCUUGAGAACCCUCGGUACCGCCAAUGAGAAGAUACACCGUUUUCAUGCCGCCAAGGGCACGGAUGCUGCUGCCCUGGUCAACGUCCUCGGAUGUCCUUCAGAUCCAUCACUCAAUCCCCACCAUCAUGCCGAAAUAGGCGGAUCUGGUGCCGUUUUAUGCGUACUCAAGCGGAUCCAUUCACUGCGCGUUCACACCAGUCCUAAGACGAUCCUCAAGCCCUGUGCGGAUGAUGCUGCACUGAGUGAAGUGUAUUGGCCAUCGAAGCGGCGGCCAUGCUGUUUGGAACUAUUCCAAAUCCGUCUCAUUGGUUGGCUUCGAGCUGACUUCUGA